GUUGGAAACUGCAAUCUCCUUCUUCACUUCCUUUGACAGCCUUAAUUUAUGACCCUGUAAGCAUAUACCUAUUUUCGACAUACCCACUGCUGCCUGAUUCACUCUAAAUACGGCUACGACAUGCUUGCCUCUGAGCGCCGCUCCAUCGACGCACUGCAUGGAAGCAGCAAACCUCUGAAGCCAGCCAACUCGAUUCUGGGCAUGGUGCGUCGCCGCAAUACAACAGCCACACCGGCAGUCCGUCGGCCUGUGGUCAUAACCCGCGUUGACGCACCCAAGCCGCAGACGCUGGAGCCCACGCUGGACCUGGGCGAGAUCAUCCGACGCAAAGACGACAUUCUCGACGCCAUUGACCAGGGCGUCGCCCCAUCCAGUCCCUCCGACACCUCCAGUGUCACCAUGGUUCCGCCGCAGCUGCGCUCGGGCAAGCGGCCGGUCUCGUGGGCAACCAGUGAGCCGGCAGCGCGGCGACACUCCGACAUGGCCCGUGCCUCGACCGACAGCCGGCCGAGUCUGGGCGACGGGAAGCGGCGGCUGCGCCACGACUAUUUCCGUGUGGCCACCAUGGACGGCCACCCGACGAUCCCCGCCCAGUACCGGUGUCCGAUCGCCCUGUGCGGGAGCAGGUUUUUGUACUUUGAGCAGUUGCAGGAGCACUGGACCGAGCAUCCGUGGAACCGUGGCGGGAUCCUGACGCCUGUGUGCGAUGGCGGCACCAGGAGGCUUGGGUGGUGGGAGCAUAAGAAGAAGUUCUUCGCUUCGCUGAUCCAUGGCUCUCACCAGAUUGAGUUCCAUGAUGAAAGCGACCGGCUGAAGCUGCGGAGGCGCGCGGUCAGUGUUAACCAGGCGUGUCAGUCGGACUAUGGCGAUAUCCACCUGUUUGGGUCGCGCAGUUACCAUGUGUCGCCGAGAGUGGUUCCCAUGCGCCAGGUCGUUGCUUGGGAGAGAGCGCGCGACAGGCGCUAGCUGGCUUUCACAUUUGUUCUUUAUCCUUGAGGUAGUGGUGGCUUGACUAUAUAGUUUGCCACACGUCUUGGGCUGUCCGUCAUUAAAUGUAUUUU